AUGAGUGGAAUUAGGAGUCUUGGGACGUCUCCUUCUAAAUUUAAAACAGAAGACUCUCAUAAAACAUUUAAUAAAAACUUAAACCAUGCAAACUUUUUUACAACCAACCUUAAAAAUAUAAAAUAAGUUACUCAACCUUUUAAUAGCUAAUUUGAAAAACAAAGUACCAAUAAGUUUUUUUCAGUUGAACGUUAAUCUACUGAAUAAACGAAUUAUUAAAGUACAAAUAAAAUUAAAGGAUUACAAUUUCCUUUGACGGAUCGCUCUGAAGGGAGAGACUACAAUUUUAGUAGUGAAAAUAAUGCUAGCAAUUAUACAUAUGGUUCAGGUUUAAUUAAUAAUGCGCCGCCAGGAGCAAUACCUGGUUUUUCUAGCGCAGCUGCUGGAGAUAUAGACAAAAUAGGAUUAAAUGCAAAGCAAUUUAAGAACGAAUUAGCAAGAAAAAAAAUUGAAUACUUUAUAGCCUCUGCUAAAAAUUUUAUUCUAUCCUCUUAAAAAUUAAAAAAAUUUGUUGAAGGAAAUCGCUCUAGUGAUAUUUUGUAUGCUCUCAAUUUAUUUGAAAUAGAUCGUGAAAAUAUGGAGAAGUCAUUAAGGCACUUGGAAUAAGAAACUGAAAAUUUUGCAACAUAGACCUUAUUUAUGCAAUAGGGAUCUUCUACUAAAGGAAAUGAUUUAGGAUAUUAAAAAUUAUUUGAAGAACUUAGAGAAGAAAAUAAUUAGCUCAAAAUGAAGCUUGUAAGUGAGCCUUUAAAAAGUGCAAGAGAAAGUGUUGAAAUAUCUCGUAAAUAUGAAGAUGAACUUGACUCUAUUCAAAUUAAAUAUGAUAAAAUUGAAAAAUAGCUCGCUAAAACUGAAAAAAAAUGUUAAGAUAGAAAGGCAACUAUUAAAAAGCUGUACUUCCUACUAGAAGAUAAAGAAAAAGAAGUUGAAAGUUUAAUGCAAGAAUUAGAAAAUUUAAGGGUAAACUUUCAAAAUAAAUUUUAAGAGAGUGAUUAAAGAGGAUAAUCCAUUUACAUUCUUGAAAAAUAAAUUGCUGAAAUACAAAGACAAAAUCAAGAAAUGGUUAAUUCAAGAAAUGAAAGAAAAGAAAAUCUUGAAGAAUUAAAUAGGUCAAUAUUAGAGGCUUAAUAAAAGUAUAAAAUAUAAUGCAGGGAAGACUUUCCUACAACUUUAAUGAGAUGGAAAUCAGUAAGAGAUUUCUUCACAGAUAGACUUAAAAUAUUAUCUAUGCAAAAAGAAGAAGCUGUAGAUGAACAAGAAAAACUGAGAGAUGAGCUUCAAAGAGAAGUUGAAAGAAAUUUGACAUUAGAAGAAAGACUAACUAAUUAUUUAAACUAGCUGAAAUAGAUGGAAGAGAGGGAAAGGAGAUUAAAUGAAAUUUAAUUUGUUAAGGAGUAAGUAGAAAAACGUCUAGAAGAAACAGAAAUCCAUUAUGAAAAUGUUAUACACAAGCUAGAAAUCGAAAUAAGAAGAUUAUAAGAAGAGAACUAGUAAAUUAGAAAAGAAUUUUUAGAAACAAAAGAAUAAAUAGAUUUUGAACGUAUAAAUUAAAACACCUUGAAUGAUAGAAAAUUGUAAGAAAGUUAAGAUACUUGGGAGAGAAGGUUGUAAUAAUGUGCAACUGAAUGGUAAAAGGAAGUUGAAUAGAGGGACUAAUUGAUUUCAUAAAAAUAAAGGGAGCUUGAAGCUUAAAUUAGAAUAAGUUAAUAAAAUGAAAGGAAAAAAAUUGAAAUACAAUAAAAAUAUGAAGCCCUUGAAAAAGAAAAAGAAAAAAGAGAAGAAGAAUUUGACAGCAUUCUUUAAGAGCAAAAAAGAAAAAUAUAAAUUCUUAAUGAAGAGGUAACCUAGAAAAAAGUCGCUCUCAAAUCAGCCCAGAUUUCUAUAUAAGAUGCUCAUGAGGAAUUAGCACAUAGAAAAAAUGAAGGGCAUGUUUGGAAUGCAACAGAACAGCAAAUCAAAGAAAAAAUAGCUUUGUAAAAAUCAAGAUUAUAAGAUUGUGAGGAGGAAAAUGCUUAAUUAAAAAGAGAUAAAUUAGCAUUAAAUGAAAAAAUAAGUAUUUUAGAAUCUAAGUUGUCAGAGAGCUAAAAGGAAAUUUCCAAAAUAUAAGAAGACCUCAUAAAGCAAUAAUAAGUAAAGCUAGAAGUUUAGCUAAAUCAAGAAAGUCAAGCAAACAACUACAGAAAACAAAUUGAAACGUUGAGAGCUUAAUUACACGAAGUUUAGAAUGCUAUUAAAAUUAAAGAAUCAGCAUAUGCUGUUGCUAAUUCUGAAUUAAAUGAAUCUAGAGAACUUAUAUAAGAAAUGAAAUUAGAAGCUUUAAGAGCAUCUCAUAAGCAGCAAUAAAUUGCAGAUGAAAAUAAUAACCUAUAAAGCAGUGUAAGAGAAUGGUAACGUCGUGCUGAAUAAUAGCAAUCUUAACUUGAAGAGUCAAGAUAGAUUAGAAGUAUAAUAGAAGAAUAAUAAAAAAAGAAGGUAGAUGAGUUACUCAUGGUUAUAAAAUAACGUGAAACUCAGUAAUCUUGUAUCGAAGAAGAAUUAAAAGCUAUCAAGCUUAGCUGGGAAAAUGCUGAGAGAGCAAUUCAAAUUUUAGAAGAAAAACUGUAGGAAAAAGAAAGAGCUCAAGAGUUAUUUGCAGACUAAGCAUAAAGAGAAUUAGAUAGUCAGCAUGAUAGAAUAGAAGAAUUGAUGAGAAUUUAGAAUAAGCUAGAAAAUGAUUUAUCUUAAGCUAAUUUGUUUAAUGAUAAGUCUAUAAAAGAAAUAGAAUUAUUUUAGAAUUAAAUUUAAUCUCUUACAUAAAUGAAUCAUGAAUUGUAACAGCUCAUAGAAGAGUAAUAAGCUAAAGUUAUUUAAAAUACAGACUAAAAAACAAUCCAAGCUCAAUAGCAUGCAAAGAGAAUGGAGUUAUAAUAGUAAUUGUCAAAUAAAGAAGAAGAAUGUCUUAAUAUUUAAAAACAAGUUAUUGACUUAGAAACGUAACUUGAAAAAUAAAUUAGAAUGUUUGAGGAUCUCUAAAGGGAAAAUAAUCUGAUUAAUUUAAAGUACAAUGAUACUUAGGAAAGACUUAAAUAGCUAUAGUCUGAAUGCGAGGAAUACAACAAUUUAAUUUCAUAAAUUUAAGAAAAAGAAAGAAAGAUUAGUCUUGCUAAUUAAAAUUUAGUUUAAGAAAAUAAAAGAAUUCAAAGUGUUGUAGAAUAAAUAACUAAUGAACUCAGAGAAUAAAAACAAGAAAAUUCUAAUCUUAAAGAAUGUAAUGACGCUAUUUGUGAAAAAUAAGCUAAUAUUUAAAGAGAAAAUGACAGAAUCAAAGAGCAGUUAGAAUAAUACGUGAAUGCAAAUGCUAAGCUCGAAGAAAAAGUGGAAAAUCUUAUUUUAGAAAAUGAUAGCCAUUCUACUGAAAACCUUGCAUUGAAGCAAGAAAGAAUAUAGAUUGAAUACAGGCUUUCACUUUCUCAAAAUUAGUCUGAAAAGCUUAAUGAACGCUCUAUCCUCCUUGCAAGAGAAAAUGAAGAAAUGAAAUUAAAUGCUAUUCAGAGAGAAGAAUUUAUAGCUGCUAUUUAAUAGUAAUUAAUUGAUUAAUAGCAUGAUUCUGUGCUUCGAAAUAACUUGCAGAAUUAAGAAGUAGACAAGCUCAAUAAAAUGAUUAAAUAGCUGAAAGAUGAACUCACAUCUCUUAAAUAGCAAAUGAAUUCUUCUAAUCAAGAAAGAGAAUAAUAACUGAUUAACUAGCUUAAUUCGUCUUAGGCAGAGUUAUAAGACUUUUAAGAGAAGCUUUUAAUAAUUCGCAAGGAAAAUAAGCAGCUAAAUGACAUUAAAGGAGAACUUUAAGCUUAAUUAGAAGUUAUUUCUAAAAGAAAUUAGGAGACUCAAUUAGAAAAUGAAUUAUUACAAAAAGAAUCGACCAAGCUAAAGGAAGAAAAAAGAAAUUAAAGUGAGCAAAUUAGAGAUUUGAAUUAAAAAUGUUAAAAACUAGAAGAAAGGGAAAAAAAUAUGAUAGAUGAGUUACAGGUGUUAAAAGAAAGUUUCAAGAAUAUUCAUAGAGAUAAAGAGAGUGCUUUAUUAGAGUUAGAAACUUCAUUAGCAUCUGGUACAGCAAAAGAGGCACUUAAGGGAGCUGAACUUGAUUAAGUAUAGUCUGAGCUGAAAAAAGUAACUCGAAGAUUAGAAUUAGAAUCUACUGAGAACAAGAAAAAAAUAUAAUAGCUGUAAACAGAGAAUGAAGAAUUAAAAAAAUAAACAGACUAGGAGAGAGAAAAGCUUAGAAAGUUAGAAUAUGAAGCCCCAAAUUAGAUAGAAAGAAUAAAUUAAUUGUACGCAAGAGUAACUGAGCUUAACGAAUAAAAAAGUGAACUUCAAUUUAAACAAGACGUACUGAGCUCAGCCCACGAAUAAUUAAAACAAGAAAAAGAACUUCUACAAUACUAAUUAGAUUAAGCAUAAAAAAAUGUUCAAAUGAUUCAAAACUCCCACAAAGAGUAAAUUGAAGAAAGAGAUAAAAAGUAUUUAAAUCUAAUGAAAAACUUAAAUUUAAAAGAUUAAGAAAUAUAAGAGUUAAAAUUACUAAACAGCUAGAUUGAGAAGGAUGCUCAAACUCUUAAAAUAAAUACAGAAUUAAAAAUACAAGAAAAUCAAGAAUUGAAUUAAAAAGUAUUAAAUUUAAAUGAUUAAAUAUAAGCUUUAUAAGAAUAAGCAGCUGUAACCCAGCAAAAUAUUUAAUAAUAAAAUGAAGUGAGGUAUCCUUCUAAGUCCCCUUCGUUAAAAAAGAUAAGUGAGUGCAUAGAUUCACCAAAUUAAGAAGAGUAUGUUUAAGAUCCAAUAAAUAAAUUUGCAUCACAAAAAUCAGAAAAUCCUAAAAAACAAGUUUCUUAUUCUUAGAUAUCAAAUCCUCCAUCAAGAAAGAGUAGCAAACAUAGUAAAAACCAAAUUAAUUAAGAUAAUAAUAAUGAUCACUAUGAUGUAGAUAAUAAUGAAAACUAGUUAUAAGAUGAAUCUGAAUAACUUGAGUUUUAGGGUAAUUUAGAUAAUUCUCAAAAAGAGAAGAGCAAAAGAAUGGAAAGAGAUGACGAAUCAUAAUAAUAGGCUAAUGUCCCUAAAAAAUCAGUCUCUUAUUCUAAAAUAUCAAACAUAUCUUCUCGUAAGAGUAGUGAAAACUAUCAACAAUCAUUAAAUUAAGGAUAAGAAGAUGACUAAGAAUUUGAAGAAUUAGAAUAUUUAGGAAAUUAAAAAAAUAGCCAAAGAGAGAUGAGUAUGAAGGCAGAAAAAACUGAAGAAUAUAAUAUUAUACCAAGCUAAGAAGAUUUUAAUGAGUUCGAAAUAGAUUUUAACUCAUAAAAGAAUAAAUCUAUUGAUAAUAGAGAUUUAUAAAAUAUUGCUUCUAACAAAAGUUUACCAAAGAUUAAAAGUUAAAAUCAAUCUUCGAAGUAAAUUCCUUUUGAAUCUUAAGUCUAAAGUCAAUAAAACCAGAUUAUAGAGGAAUUAUAAGACAAGCUAAAUGAACUUUAGCUUGAAAUAGAAACUCUUAGCUAAUAAAUGUUAAAUUAUCAAAGCGAGAACUAGGAACUUAAUGAUCAAAUAGAAAAGCUAAAAUCAAUAAAUGAAAAAAUGACAACUGAUAACUUGGAUCUCACUAAUUAAGUUAACUCACAUGAGAUUAAAGAAAAAAAAUUAUAGUAAUAGUUUGAAUAGUUUAAAAAUAGUUCUUAAGAAAAUGAGAAAAAAUUGAGUAAGAAUAUUUAGAAUAUGGAGCGUUAGAUUGUUGAUGAAUAGAAUAAGUCAAAUCAACUUAAGUAAUAAAUAUAAUAAUUGCAAUAAUAAAUAAACUUAGCUAAAGAUGAAAUUUUAGAAUAAAACGAGCGUAUUUCUGCUUAAUAGUAAGAAAUAGUUCUUGGAGAAAAUUAAAUUGAUUAAUAGUCAUAAACAAUCCUUUUACUUUAGGAUAAGAUAGAAAGCUAAGCUGAGUAUCUUAAGCACGUUGAGGAAGAAUUGAAAGAGUAAAAAAAUUAUGCUUCAUAACUAGAGAACAACUUGGAAAAAAAACGCAAGUAGCUUGAAGAAUCAGAUAACUUAUAAAUCGAAACAGAGUAAAGAUUAAAAUAAGAAUUAUAACUUAAAUAUGAGUACAUUGCUAAGUUGGAAAGCACCUAUAAAAAUAAAGCUGAACUUACUUUAGCAUAGAGCUAGUAAGCAACAGCAGAACUUUAAAGUGAAGUAAAUCGCUUAAAGCAAUAAUUAGCUGAAGCAAAAUAAGACUAAAACAUAAAUGAAGGUUUAAAACGUUAGAUUCGUGAUCUCCAACGCUAGCUUCGUGAAGUUAAUAUGGAAUAUGAAAAAUUAUUAAUAGAACGCUAACAAUACGAAGACGAUAUGAAUCUAUAAAGAUUAAGUUAAUAAGAUUUAGCUAUAAAAUUUGAAGUGUUAGAAAUGAAAACUAAAAACUAUUUUAGUAUGCUUAUAAAAAUUUUAUUGGCAUUCGAUUCAGAAAUAGACGAAACUGUUACACCAUAAACACAUUCUUUUGAGGACUUAUUGUCUCUCGGAAUAUAAAUUUCAAAGUAAUUUAGAUAUAAUAUUUAAGGAUCUGAUAAUAAAAAUUAGUACUGA